CAGUACCUAGGUAUCUCUCUACAUAUAUCCAUCUCCACGUACAAAGCGGAAGUAUCUCCUUAUUAUUUUAUUAGUCUGGAAACUACCACCAAAAGCCCAAGGAACGGAACACACCAACCAACAACUGACUGGUGGACUUACUUGCUUGAUCAUCCCUAUCUUCUACUAGCACUUUACUAUUUUAAUCAAUUUUGGUAGCUUCCUUUAAGUUACGCAAUAAUGUUAACGGCACAAUCGGGAAAUUCCAAUUAGACACAUCGAGCUCAAUUUGCCCUGAUUCCCCACCCAAAACUUCAUUUGUUUCUCAGUAAUGAAAGCGCGCGAAUGGAAUUUAUUCUCUUGCUAAUGCCAGAAGUUCCUUUAUUAGAGGAAGCUUUCGGAUUAUCUACUCAUUGCCUUUACGGAAGUACACGCACGAAUGGCGCUUUGCGACUGACACUUUGAGUUGCCAUGGCAUUGUUAAAUCCCACCUUCAUCUUUGGGGUGAUAGUUCUACUAUACCUCUCAUCCUUCAUCCUUUUCGCCAUAGUACGAAUCGUUACGGGCAUAUCCAUUCAGCGCAUCGGUUACUUUUCCCUGAGGAGACUUGCAUUUACCCCGAAAGAUGGUAUCAAGAUUGAGAUUCGAGGGUUGGGACUAAAUAUCCAUCGUCCUACCUUCGCAGAACCGACAUGGCUCAGUGUUGUUUUGACAGAGCUGGCAGUUACAUUGGAUUUGAAGGUUUUGGAUGGAGAUAAAAAGGCACGUGGCCCUGAGGGAAAUGAGGUUGUCGAAGAAGAGCAGGAUGGCUCAAGUCGCAAAGGCGAACCAGACAGCAAACCACUUCCUAGAGAUGCUACCUCCUUCGAGCCGCAGCGCAGCAAAAUGUGGGAGCAACUUACAAGCAUCAAGGAGCGAUUCAAACGCCUACAUCGCAACAUAAAUUGGAUUCAAAUGGUGGACGUCGUGGCUUCGAACUCAUCGGUGACCGUGGUUGAUGUUGGCAAUAUACAGUUAGGAAGUUUUACAAUGGCAGUGGAUACAAGGAGGAAAGCGGUUGAUCGUGGGAGCAUGUUCACACAUGUGAAGAACGCCAACAGCAAUCAGCAACCUGCAGAAUGGAUGCUGACUAUCCGCAGCGUUCUGUUCACGCCGGAAGGAGGCCAGUCUUUAGAAGUACUGGAUCACCUUACGUUGAAUAUAAGCGGGAUACUAUACAAGGAACUCGAUGGUUUGCGGCAGGCAGCAGUUGCCCUUAAACUGGGCCGAGUUCAUAUACCUUAUGAUGACAUAAAUGCAUGCAUAGACAAAUAUAAGGGUUGUCGCAAGCUGCGCACAAUCAAGGACGGAAAGCCUGCACCGGAGGAGACAUCUGUCGCAAGCAUUAUUGGGGAGCUUGAGAGACCUGGAAGUGAGGAGAAAAAACUUGUACAAACAGUAUCGGAUUCCAAGGAGUUUGCGAGCUCCAUUCUUCGGGGUAUAAUCGAAGUACAAUUUGCAGUCAGCUACAUUGGAUUCAGUAAGAAAAUCACCUCAAUACAGCCCUCAGGUUCACCAAUGUAUCUCAAUGCUUCCAUGAAGGAGGUUGGGGUGGAUCUACAUCGUUUAGACCAAAAGUCCCCGGCCCACCGAAUGUACUUUUCCUCGAAGGAUAUAGCUCACCAGGCUCUUAUUGCUGCUCUCUCCAUCUCUGUCGGAGUCGAUGAUGGUCGGGGAAGAUCCGACAGACUAGUCUAUGUUCCAAUGGCAACUACUACAAUUCGAACUACUUCUUUAUCGAAAACGGUCCAAUUUGCUAUAGAUAAUAGUGUAGAUGAGCGCAAUGCGAAUCUUUUGUUUGCUAAUGCCGUUGUUACAUCACCCUCCAUUGACCUUGAUCCAAGACAUCUUCCUCUUGUUCUAGCCAUGGCGAAGUCUAAUCCGAAAUCGAAAUCGAAGAAAGAUGCGCCAGAAAGACAUACACUAAUGUCUCGUUUAUUACCAAAAGCUAAUGUCAAAUUCUCGAUGCACGAGCCUGUUAUUCGAAUUUCUCUGCCUCCCGUUGAAGAUACGGCAGCCGAGGAUGAUUUCGAUCUCAUCAUAUCUUCCAUAUCUUCUAUAUCUCUGGAUAUAGAAUCUUCACAUUCAGCGGUAGGAGAGUUGCAUUAUAGUCUCGGUUCUACGUUGCGACUACAGUCCCAUGAUCUCUAUUACCAAACAUGCUCCGGAUCUCGAUUUGACUUGCUUCAAAUCGAAGCGCUCGAUCUGAAAGUCUCAGUCAGUGCCAAUCCAGAAGUUUACGUUGUCGCCACGGGUAAUGUCCAGACAUUUUCGGUACAUUUGAUUCGAUCAGAGAUCAGUGAUGGUGUCCGCCAAAUUGUUCGUCAACUCAGGCUCAAUGUUGAACCAGAUAAGAAACCUCAUUCUAGAACUUCUCGAGACCCAAAUUUCAUCCGGGCGUUACCUCCUUGGUUGCUGCACUUCCAGCUCCAGGGCUCUGAUUUCAGCGCCGAAGUAGCUGGAAUUGACGAAUCGAUAGCAGACGAUACACGUGGUGUUGCAAUUCAGCUGGAAUCCUGGACGGCCGAGUAUAGAGCCCAAAAAGUUGAGCCUAACGAACGACGGACUCGUCGUCGUGCAGGAAGUCGUUCUCUUACUCCCGAUCCUGAGAUAUUUCUUACAAUGCCUCCAUCGCCUAGGAAAAGGCGUGAUCAAAAUCCAACUGAUGGCAGGCGUUUAGCUAUACACGGUCGUGGCCUUGAGUCGUUUGUCGUCGAAUCAUCAGAAAAGUGGGAAGGAGAGCCUUUUGUCUCGAUUCCUAAAUUUGAAGUCGCUCUUUCCACUUCGAGUGACAAUCAAGGACCUAUAUUCCAUCUCAAUUCGCAUGUGAAAAGCGUCUUGGUGCAAUAUUCAUUAUAUCGACACUAUGCGUGCGGUGUAGCUUCAACUGUGCUCAGGAAGGCCUUUGUUCGCACAUAUGCUGAUGUUGCGGAAGCCGAAGAGGCGGCACGUGCGACAGCGUCGUCGAGGAAAUCUGAUCCUUCUACACUUCUAUCGCCGGUGACUUCCCCGGGAGGAUUUGCUUGGCCUGGACAAGAUGAUCAGGAGUUCAAUUUCGGAGCCAAAGAAUUAGUCACCAUAGAUUUUAGAUCUACUUUAAUUCAAGUUAAGGCACAUUUGCCAUCGGACCCCAAAUUAAUGCUACAAAUAUAUGGAGUCGAUGCUGGCCGCCACAGAUGGUCAGCACCCUUCCUCCAUGCUAAGCUUGUUCGUUUAUAUGCCGAGGCUCCACAAAUGAAGAGAGUAUGGGCCAGAAUUGUCAGUAUCAGAUCGGCGAGAGUUGACUUUCGUGAGAAACGUCAGAUGCGUAGCUCCGGUGAGAUGCAUGAAGAAAAGACGAUAGAUAUUACAACCAAUGCCAUAAGGCUGGCGGUGCCACAUCAGCUCAUUUUUCACCAAGUUAUCGAUAACGUUGUCAACACACUCAAAGCUGUGGAACAACUCCAUCAUCGCAUCAAGACAGGUACUAACGAGUACAUCCUCGACAAACAUCCAGAGGGCCCCAAACUCAUCCCGAGGUUGUCAGUACGUAGCAAAGCAUUGCUUUUUGAGUUAGAAGAUGGAGCUUUUGAGUGGAAGUUGGGUGCCAUAUACAGAGCUGGUUUGAUUGAGCAGCAGCAACGCUUGGCACGAGAAGCGGCGUUUGACGUGAAAGCAAAGAAGAUUGAAGAGGAAGAAAUGCGUAGAGAUACCCAGCGUUACCGAAAUAGGUCGGCGCACCCUCGUGGUCGUAGCAAUAACAAGGAAGAUUCCCCAAGGCGACACAAGAGUGCGGGCGAUGAUUUGCCAGAAGAGCGUUCGCCUAGAACUCAACGAGGUCGGAAGUAUCGCUACGAUCCUGAAGGAACGAGCGGCAUAAGUGGAACGGCAAAUAUAUCAAUAUCUGAAGCUCACGACAGGCUCCGACGUCACAAUGCUCAGAGCUGGAAAAGACGUAUUGACAAGGUUUACGCCAUUGCAAAGGAUGGCAUGAAAAACCUUCGUGGCGUCUUUUGGGGACCUGACGAAUUACCGGACGAUAUGGAGGAGACCGAAAAUAUACUGGAAGUUCCACAGCGGCCAGCAUUGAUGAGCACUUUGAUAAGUGACCUUCACAUCACGGUCGACAAACCAUCAUUUCCUAUGGAUCAGCUUCCUGACUUUCUCCAUAAAAUGGGGAAAGGUAUGCCUCGCGACAUGCAGUACUCCCUCCUAGUACCGAUGAAUGUUCAAAUCGAUAUGGGGGAAGCACGAGUAACGUUACGAGAUUAUCCAUUACCUCUGCUGCAUGUACCUGCAAUCAGACCCGGGCAGUCACCAAGGAUACCAGCUUGGUCCCUCAAAACAGAUUUCGUCAUUGCUGAGGAGUUCCGAGGUCCCGAGUCUAUUCGUCAUAUAAAGGUCGAUAUCAUUCCCCCUCUCAAUCGUGGGCCAGGAAUGCCCAAUAUAGGAGGAUUUGCCAUAGAUGUGCGCAAGACAGUUACACCUGUCAAAUGUUAUUCCAAUAUAAAUGUCAACAUUAAUACAGAGUUACCUACUCGCAUAACUUGGGGUGCUUCUUAUCAACCUGCAAUUCAAGACAUGAUGAUGGUCAUUGAGACAUUUACGAAGCCACAAGUCGAUCCUUCAGAACGAAUUGGAUUCUGGGAUAAGCUUCGUCUCAGCUUCCACUCCAAAAUUGAUAUUGCAUGGAAGGGAGAUGGCGAUGUUCAUCUCACAUUGAAGGGAACACGAGAUCCUUACAUUGUCACAGGUGAUGGUGCCGGGUUUCUUAUGUGUUGGCGAAGCGAUGUACGAGUGAGCGUUUGCCGAGAUGACGAUCCACGCAAAUUCAUCACAGUAGAAAGUGGUGAAUAUAUUCUCGCCAUACCAGACUUCAGCCAUCAAGCUCGGGUCACUGCCUCGGAGCAUAAUGAUAGCGAUAGCGUUGUGAGCUCCGACAGCUUCAGGCACGGUGCAAUCUUCAAGAAAGUUGUCAUGAAACUAUCUGGGAACGUUCAGUGGUUGGUAGGUCUUAUGUUUGAGAGAGAUCUCGAUGACGGGACACGUUCUUUUGAUUUCGAACCACAUUAUAAUGUGGUGACGAAGGAAUUACAGUAUUGCAAAGCCUCAGCAGGCCAGGAAUACGAUGCAUUCCGAGGCUUCCGUAGUCAACACAUCCACAUGUCGAUAGCAGUCAAAGCACCGGUCGACCGUGAGUGGUCUGUAUCAAACACGGAGCCUUCAAGAAGCUAUAACACUGUACACCUUACUCCCCGCUUCUUCACACAUUUCUUUUCUUGGUGGUCGAUGUUUGGUGGCACCAUGUCAUUGCCAAUUCGGCAAGGUGACUUAUGGCCAGGAAUUGAGAAGUCGAGCAAAAAAUUUGGCAGGCAUCUUGCCACAAUCAAGUACAAUUUAUUACUUGCACCUUUGUUCCUCAGUCACGUCUACAAACACAAAGAUGCAGAGGACUAUUCUGAAGAUGUUGUAUCUGCCACUGGUCUCAAGAUGAGACUGGAUAGCUUUAUGCUCGACAUGCAUCAACGACGAGAAGAAUUUAUGACACAAGACAAAGGGCGAAACACCCAAACCACGACGACCGCCAUUAAACUACAUCGAGCACAGCUAGAUUUGCUGUCGGCAGAUAUCCGUGCCAUCUCUGCUAGUAUCGCAGGAACGACACCGGAAGAUCUUCAAAAGGCUUCUGCUCCUACUCUGGUGUCUCAACUAGAACGAGGUCAGACAGAUCUGUCACAUUUCGAUAUUCCUGACAAUGAUUUUACCUGGAUUGACAUGGAUGAUUUCGUUGAGUUGGAUUGGAUACUUCCAGCCGAAGCAAACCCAGAAACGAAGAUUCUGCCACUGGCUUAUGCCCCACGUUUCACGUAUUUCCGACAAACUGAUCAUGGUGAUAAUAUCGCCGGUGAUCCAGAACGAACCAGUCCUUUCGGCAACGAACCUACACAUUUCUGCAUCAUGAGCAAGGAUGAUGAUCCACGACGAGUUCAAUGUCAGCUCAUUACUGACCGCUUAGUUCAACUCGAUAAACAAAUUGACGAUCACCAGGAAGCUCUCGAGUCCGCCGAAUGGGCAUAUUCGCAAGACCCGCAAAAUUCGUCUCUCAAAGCUCAAUACGACCAAUUGACCAUCCAUGGCCCAUUUUUGCACAACAAAAAGAUCUUCCUGGAAUCCAUGAAAGAACGUAUGAUGCAGCGUGUAAACACCAAUGAUCCACGGACUAUUCCUGAUGGCGGGGAAGAGGCUGACCGUCUAGGGGAAAGUCCGAUUGAAACGGAAGCGAUUCAUGACGGCCCGCCUUCGGGCGACUUUGUCAGCGAUUUUAACAAUCGCUUCGUCAUCCAUAACAUGCAAUUGAAGUGGAAUAACGUAUUGCGAAAUAUAAUCCUUCGCUAUAUUCAUCAAGUCAGUCAAAGACGUGGGUUUGUGUACUAUCUGUCUCGACGGGCUGUGAAGUUCAUACUCGACAUCGUCGAAGAACAAAACAAAGCCAAGAAUGCCAGGCCAACGGCUGCACAAACUGGGGAGCCUUCAAUGAAAUCUGCCUCUACAGCUCAAACGCCAGAGGACCCUACAGAGGGUCCAGAAUCACAAGAAGUUGAGGAUCGUAUCAAGGAGAUUUUGGCUGACGGGAAAAAAUUCGUUAAUGCUGAUGAUCCUCAAGUUCAUGAAACCGCGCACCAGGUGUCACCCGACCAACUAAACUCGAAUAUCACUCCUGAAUUCACGCCAGAAAAUAGCUAUCAUGUCCGACUCAUCGCACCGCAAAUACAACUUCAGAGCGAAAAGAACCUAAAGUCUGUUGUGAUGGUAACAGCUAAAGGAAUGGAGUUGAAGGUUGUCGAGGUCAUGGAUAAGCAUCGUAUGUUUGACGAUGUUAGUGGUCUCGUACAACGUCGAUUCUCGGUUGAAAUGGACAGUACACAAUUUUUUGUCACACACCAAAAAUGGUUUUCAGCUCAGGUUUUGUCAUUGUAUUCCGGCAGUCACUACGGUGCUUCCGCUGGGUCGUCUUGGCCUCCUUGGGUACCGAUGGAAGUCAUGUUCGAUUUCCAAGUUGAUCCAUUUGGAUUCAAACGUGUUGUGCAAAAGACCUCUGCCAGCUUACGAUACGAGAAAUACAACACGCUGCGCCUCAAAUAUAACGAUGAGAUCAGCAAUGAGAAUGACCAUCCUUCCGGUCCAAAUAGCAUGGAGAAUCGCAUGGACAAUUUAUGGGUGGAAUUUCCCAAGAUCCAAGCCAUAUGUAACUCGUCACAAUACUAUGCUAUGUACAUCAUUGUGUUGGAUCUGCUUAUGUAUAGCGAGCCUCUGGAAAAGACUAGGAAUGAGCGGCUCGAAAAGAUUAUGCUCGCGUCUGACUUCAGCGACUUGCGCGGGGCUCCAGAGAUGGUCACUCGACUCCAAGAACGAAUUAGACAGCUUGAUGAGAUCAAGACGCAAUUCCAAAUCCAUUCAAAGUCGCUUGAUAAGAAGGGUUGGGAGGAUAGAAUCACGCUGGAUCGGGAUCUUGCAGCCUGUGAAGAUGAAUUGUUUUUCAUGAUGAAAGCUAUUACAAGUUCUCAGCGAAAGUAUGAUGGCACACAGGCUAGCGGUCUCUUACGAUGGAACAUCUCUUCUGACCAGAUCGUCUGGCAUCUAAUUCGUGAUAAUAACGAACCCUUGAUGGAAUUUCAAAUUCAGCAUGCCGAAUAUGAUCGAACCGAUAAUUCCGAUGGUUCGCAUAUCAAUCUGAUGCAGAUCGGAAACAUUGUAGGACUCAAUCUGAUGCCUGAUGCCAUCUAUCCAGAGAUGUUUGCCCCAUACUUUGAUGUUGAACGAGGAGCAUUUAACGAAGGAGGAAACCAACAAAUGUUGAGAGUUUACUGGUACAUGUUGGAGGCAAUUGCUGGUAUACCGGUGAUGGACCAUUUCGAAGUUAACCUUUUCCCAAUGAAGAUUCAACUUGAACGCGAGGUUGGUAAAAGACUUUUCGAGUACAUGUUCCCCGGCCACAACGAUGACAAGCCGAAUGCCAAUAAGACCAAAUCUCCGUUCAUGGUGAAGAACAUGAUUCCGGUAGAUGAUGAAGAGGAUAGCAACGACACCACGGGUAACAGUUCAAUCAACCUACAGGUCACUGAUGUUGAUAAUGGUGACCCUACCUCGAGCACGCGACCAGGAUCAUUGGAGCUUCGAUUGCAUCCAACAAUGACGUCCGAAUAUAGGCCGACAACAGCUUCAUCUACCAAAAGUAAAGCGAGCAGUAUGCUUUCAGGUUACAGUGGUGAUAGCCAUCAUUUCCGACUCUUCCAAUCCAACAAGAAUUCUACGGCGUCAAAAGGCUCGUCCACGAGAACGGCAGUUUCAAAGAAGCCUUCACUUGAAAGCUUACAGUCUGGUCAAUCAUUAAAACCGACCGUGACACGAACAAGCACUAACGCAUCAACGAAUGAGCAAGGUUCAAUAAACGGCGAUCCUAAAGGCAAGCGAUUCGGUAUUCGUGGUCCAGGCAAAACAAGAAAAGACAAGCCAUCGGAUGACCUGACCAAAAUGAUGAGUCGUGCAUCCGAGUACAUGACGCUUGCCUAUGUCAAAAUACCUAGUGUGGUUCUUUGCCUCAGUUACAAGGGUAAAGGCGAGCGCAAUAUUGAGGAUGUACAUGACUUUGUCUUCCGCUUACCCAUGAUUGAAUACCGAAAUAAGACCUGGUCAAACCUUGAUCUCGCCCUUGCUCUCAAAAAAGAUGUCAUUCGCGCGUUGAUAUCACACACUGGAGCCAUCAUCGGUAAUAAAUUCAGCAAGCAUCGUCCCAACAUAGCACAACAAAGUCGCUUGAGAGAACUAGCCACAAGUAGUGUAGUCCUCAGUCAGCCACCAUCCACUGCCGAUGAAGCAUACGAGACUAGCGAUACGAGUAGUAUUUUCGCCACCAGUCCAACCGAGACCCGUAACUCCGAUCGAUCAUUAAGUCGCCAAACUGACCGAUCUAAAAGCGGCGAAAGAAGAAAAUCAUUCGCAUCUAGUCGAAAUGGCAUAGAGGGUCCAGCAAGUGGCUCCAGUAGCGUUUACUCCGGUGUCUCUCAAGCUUCCAGACCCCCCUAUCAAGCGUCUUUUACGAUGACGCCGGCGAGUAGGGAAUACGACGAGGAUACAAGGUCGUUGAGACCAUUUAGCAGGAGUGGUGCGGUGGACGGGAAUACGAUUGAAAGGCCCCAUUCUUCCGCCGGCGCGUUUAUGGCGAGUACGUUUCAGCGGUUAAAGAAAAACCCGCUGCAACAUAGGGAUGCAAUGAGCAGUAGCCCGAGUUUGAUUGAGGGACAUGAAAAUGGAAACGCAGAUGCGAGGGAGACGAAUGAGGAUGCGAAUGUAGAUACAGGGUAUGAGGCGCCUAGAGGAGGAAGGAAAAAGGCAAAGUCAUUGCUUGGGCGAUCACAGUGAUUGAUUUUGAGAUUGGAAGGGAAAGGAAAGGAAAAUAGGGCCGGAGGAAUAUUCAAUUCUUUGAUUGUUACCGCUUUUUUUGUACACUUUACGUGUUCUAUCUGUCUAAAUCUAGCGUGCAUUGCGAGGUGUUUAGAUGUUGGCGACUUAGGGAGGAAGGUGUGGAUUGGAUUUCUUUCCAGGGAGUGGAGGUGUGAUUGGGGGUGUUGGGCGAGGUUAACAUUUUGAUAUUACAUUACAUUACAUACAUGGGAAACCUUGAACAAGUUCUGAAAAGGGUAGAAGAUAGAAAAUAUUUAAUGGGUUAGGAGGGGAUUGCGGUAUGGAAAUGGAUGGAGGAUAGAUGGAAGAAAAGGAUUUUGUAUCAUAGUAUGGAGUAUAGAAUUGAGGUAGAUAUUAGGUAGAUGAGAGAGAUAUAUGAAGAGGUUUGAGUUAUAGUGUUGUUUCUUGAUGUGGGUGA